AUGCCUUUCACUCUGCAGUUGCCCGACGAAUAUGGCUCCACGUUCCUUCUGAACACCUACCACUUCUACCUUACAAGCACGAGCCGCAGGGCCAGCGGGGUCGCGUAUCCUGCUCCCUACGCUUCGGAUGAGCAGAUUGCCAAGAACCCCAAGGCCUUCACCUUCAACUGCGCCCAACGUGCUCACGCCAACUUCAUCGAGAACCAGCCCUCCUUCCUUGGUGCCCUCGCCAUUUCUGGCCUUCGCUUCCCCAUGGCAUCAGCCGUGCUCGGCGCGACGUGGGCUUUUGGCCGCCUCGCGUAUGUCAUUGGCUACACCAGCAGCGCCGGUCCCAAGGGCAGAGUCUUCGGUUUCCUCGUGUCGGCCUUGUCCGACAACGCCCUGAGAUUGAUGGCCAUGUACGCCUCGGUCAUGUACGUUAUGGAUCAGUAA